AUGGCCAAGAAGUUCACUGUCUUAGAAGUCCUUCUGAUCAUCUUCAUCCUGAUUGCUGUAGUUGCAGACAUCCUGUUGCUGUUUCUUCUUUUGGAGGAACCUUCAGAUUCUUCAUUUACUCCAGAGUGCCCCAAGCUCCCUCAGUGUGAAAGGAUAGACUGCACACCUCACCACGCAGUGACAGAGGAUAUCUGCAGGAGGCAGUAUAAGUGCUGUUGGGAUCCUGUGGCAGAUACCAAUGCUCCUAAGUGCUUCUUCCCCAGGAACUGGGGUUAUGAAGUCAGCAGUGGCCUUAGAAAUACAAGCACAGGGUUUACUGCCCAGUUGAAAAAAGUGCCAUCCCCAUCUUUAUUUGGAAAUGAUGUAACUGAUGCCCUCUUCACUGCCGAAUUUCAGACAUCCAAUCGUUUUCGCUUUAAGAUUACUGAUGCCAAUGAGAUUCGUUAUGAGGUACCCCAUGAAAACAUCAAGCCCAGUAAUGGAACUGCUGAUACCUCCGGUUUGAGCUACCACAUAGAGGUCACCAAUAAGCCCUUCAGCAUCAAAGUAAUGAGGAUGAGCAACAAAAAAGUCUUGUUGGACACAGGCAUUGGGCCGCUCCAGUUUGCCUAUCAGUACCUGCAGCUAUCUUUCCGCCUGCCCAGCACCUACGUGUACGGGCUGGGGGAGCACGUGCACCAGCAAUACCACCACAACAUGAGCUGGAAGGCCUGGCCCAUCUUCACACGGGACGCGACCCCCACCGCGGGCCUGAUCAAUCUAUAUGGAGCACAUACAUUCUUCUUGUGCCUUGAGGAUACCAGUGGCUUCUCUUUUGGAGUUUUUCUGAUGAACAGUAAUGCCAUGGAGGUUGCCCUUCAGCCUGCUCCUGCAAUCACUUACCGAACAAUUGGAGGCAUUCUUGACUUUUAUGUGUUCCUGGGAAACACUCCAGAGCAAGUAGUUCAGGAAUACCUGGAGCUUGUUGGGCGACCAUUUUUGCCUGCCUACUGGAGUCUUGGGUUCCAGCUUAGCCGCAGGAAUUAUGGUGGCAUCAAUGGAUUGAAGGAGGUUGUAAACCGAAAUCGUGAAGCUGGAAUCCCCUAUGAUGUCCAGUACUCAGACAUAGACUACAUGGAUGGAAAGAAAGUUUUCACUAUUGAUGAACAAGCUUACUACAACCUUUCAGGUUUUGCCGAAGAAUUACAUAACAAUGGACAGAAAUAUAUAAUUAUCAUGAAUCCUGGCAUCUUUAAGGACCCUAACUACAUGACUUACAACAAUGGAAGCAUAAAGAGAGUGUGGAUCUUGGAAAGUAAAGGCUUUGCAGUUGGGCAGGGAUAUCCGGGGAAGGUAGUCUUUCCUGAUUUCAGCAAUCCAGUGUGUACUCAGUGGUGGACAGAGCAAUUCACUGACUUUCAUAACCACCUGAAGUUUGAUGGAGUGUGGAUUGAAAUGGAUGAAGUCUCUAGUUUUCUCCAAGAUUCUGAUCAACAGUGUGAAUCAAACAUCUUGAACUUUCCUCCUUUUACUCCCAACAUUCUGGAUGGCUUACUGUCUGCAAGAACCCUCUGCAUGGACACAGAGUUUCAUCGGGGCUUUCACUAUGAUGUCCACAGCUUGUAUGGCUAUUCCAUGGCAAGAGCUACAGAUGUGGCCAUGGAUACCAUCUUUCCCAGUACCAGGAACUUCAUCUUAUCUCGCUCAACUUUCGCUGGAUCUGGCAAAUUUGCUGCUCAUUGGCUGGGAGACAAUGCAGCCACAUGGGAUGACCUUCGGUGGUCAAUACCCAGUAUUCUUGAGUUCAACUUGUUUGGUAUUCCCAUGAUAGGUGCUAACAUCUGUGGUUACACAAGAAAUGUCACAGAGGAGCUCUGCAGAAGGUGGAUGCAGCUAGGAGCAUUUUAUCCACUAUCAAGGAAUCACAAUGGGCCUGGUUUCCGUGACCAGGACCCAGCUGCCUUUGGUUUUGACUCUCUGCUGUUGAGCUCCUCCAGGCAUUAUCUGAAUAUCCGUUACACACUGUUGCCCUAUCUCUACACCCUCUUUUAUCGUGCUCACACCCUGGGGGAGACGGUAGCAAGGCCCUUGGUACAUGAGUUCUACCAGGAUACAAUGACAUGGAAGGUGCAUGAGCAGUUCUUAUGGGGGCCUGGACUCCUCAUCACGCCUGUUUUAUAUGAAGGUGUGGACCGUGUGAAAGCAUACAUACCAGAUGCCAUCUGGUAUGACUAUGAGACAGGAAUGGCUGUCCAAUGGAGGAAACAGUUUGUGGAUAUGCUUCUCCCUGGUGACAGGAUAGGACUCCACCUUCGAGGGGGCUACAUAUUCCCUACCCAGCAACCAAACACAACCACAGAGACCAGCCGGAAGAAUUCUCUGGGACUAAUUGUUGCCUUGGACUAUAAGAGAGAGGCAAAGGGAGAGCUGUACUGGGAUGAUGGUGUAGCUAAAGAUGCUGUAGCUGAAAAGAAGUAUAUUCUGUAUGAUUUCUCUAUUUCCUCUAACCAUCUACAGGCAAGGAUUACACACAAUAAUUACAUGGACCCCAACAACCUCAUGUUUACAGAUAUCAGAAUCUUGGGAAUGGACAAGGAGCCAACUAACUUUAUUAUCUUAUCUAACAAUGCUCCCACCCCCAUUUCGAGCAUUGUCUAUAAUGCUUCAGUACAGAUGGUGACCAUCAGUGAUCUCAAGGGACUGUUUCUGGGGCAAGAAUUCUCUAUUGAAUGGAAGCUUCCAGUCAGUGACCUAGAGAAGUUCAGCUGCUACCCAGAGGAUUCUUUUGCUUCUGAGGAGAGCUGUAGGCAGUGGGGGUGCCUUUGGGAGCACACGACUACUCCUGGUGUGCCUGUCUGUUUCUAUGACACCAUCCCUCGCUAUGCUGCCAGUAACAUCCAGUACCUGCGCACAGGCAUCACCACUGACCUGAUCUUCCUAGUGACCCCGACAUCUGCACAAGUUGCAGCAGCUCCACUGUCACCAGCAGCAGCCUCUGUUGUCUCUGGUCCUCUUUCUGUAGAGAUCAGUUCCCUCAAACUGAGUGUGGUCUACCACACAGAGAACAUGCUGCAGGUCAAGAUCUAUGAUUCCACUAAUAAAAGGUAUGAGGUCCCAGUACCUCUGAACACACCUCCCUCACCAGUUGACUCCCUCAAGAACUGCCUGUAUGAUGUCAGGAUUCAGACCACUCCUUUUGGAAUCCAGGUUCUUCGCAAAAGCUCCGGGACUGUGAUUUGGGAUUCUCAACUCCCUGGCUUCACCUUCAACGACAUGCUCCUUUCCAUUUCCACUCGCCUCCCCUCUCAGUACAUCUAUGGCUUUGGGGAAACUGAGCACAUGACGUUCAGAAGAAACAUGAGCUGGAAUAUGUGGGGGAUGUUUGCCCGUGAUGAGCCACCAGGGUACAAGAGGAAUUCCUAUGGUGUCCACCCCUACUACAUGGCAUUGGAAGAGGACGGCAGUGCCCAUGGAGUGCUCCUGCUGAACAGUAAUGCCAUGGAUGUGACACUCCAGCCCACUCCUGCCCUGACAUACCGCACUGUAGGAGGGAUUUUGGACUUUUAUAUGGUUUUGGGACCAACUCCUGAGCUUGUAACUCAGCAAUACACUGAGUUGAUUGGUCGGCCAGCAAUGAUUCCAUACUGGGCCUUGGGAUUCCAGCUGAGUCGCCAUGGAUACCAGAGUGAUUCUGAAAUCUCCAGUUUGUAUGAUGCAAUGGUGGCAGCCCAGAUUCCUUAUGAUGUGCAACAUGUAGACAUCGAUUACAUGGACCGGAAGCUGGACUUCACCCUCAGCCCCAGCUUUCAAAACCUUGGUAUCCUGAUUGAGCAAAUGAAGAAAAAUGGCACAAGAUUUAUUCUCAUUCUGGACCCAGCCAUUUCUGGAAAUGAAACACAUUAUCUCACAUUCACUAGAGGACAGGAAGACAAUGUGUUCAUUAAAUGGCCUGACACCAAUGAUGUUGUCUGGGGAAAGGUAAGACCCAAAGUGUAUGUGUUACUCUUGCAGCUCUACCGGGCCCACGUUGCUUUUCCUGACUUCUUUUGUAAUAGCACAACUACAUGGUGGAAGAAGGAAAUACAAGAGCUCUAUGCAAACCCCCGAGAACCAGCAAAGAGCUUGAAGUUUGAUGGAUUGUGGAUUGAUAUGAAUGAGCCAUCAAACUUUAUGGAUGGAUCUGUUGAGGGCUGCCACAAUGAAGUUCUCAAUAACCCACCCUUUAUGCCAUGUUUGGCAUCUAGGGACAGAGGCCUGAGCAGCAAGACCCUGUGCAUGGAGAGUGAGCAGAUCCUCCCAGAUGGCUCCAGAGUGCGUCACUACGAUGUGCACAGCCUGUAUGGAUGGUCCCAGACCAGGCCCACCUAUGAGGCUGUGCAGGACACGACAGGACAGCGAGGAAUUGUCAUCACCCGCUCCACAUUCCCCUCUUCUGGCCGCUGGGCAGGACACUGGCUGGGAGACAACACAGCUGCAUGGGACCAGCUGGGGAAAUCGAUCAUUGGCAUGAUGCAGUUCAGUCUCUUUGGAAUAUCUUAUACAGGAGCAGAUAUCUGUGGGUUCUUUGGAGAUGCUGAAUAUGAGAUGUGUGUUCGCUGGAUGCAACUGGGGGCCUUCUAUCCAUUUUCUAGGAACCACAACACCAUUGGAACCAGGAGACAAGAUCCUGUGGCCUGGAACUCAACCUUUGAGAUGUUCUCAAGAAAAGUCCUGCAGACUAGGUACACCCUGCUGCCUUAUCUCUACACCUUGAUGCACAAAGCUCACGCUGAGGGCAGCACUGUCAUUCGACCCCUCCUGCAUGAGUUUACAGAUGACAGAUCAACUUGGAAUAUAGACCAUCAGUUCAUGUUGGGCCCUGCUGUCUUGGUCAGCCCUGUGCUGCAAAGUAACACUUUUGAGAUCUGGGCUUAUUUCCCCAGAGCCCGGUGGUAUGACUACAGCACGGAAUCUGGCCAUGAAUCUACAGGUGUUUGGGAAAUACUGAAGGCUCCCCUCGACCACAUUAACCUUCAUGUCAGAGGAGGCUACAUUCUGCCUUGGCAAGAGCCUGCUAUUAACACUCAUUUCAGUCGACAAAAUUUUAUGGGAUUGACUGUUGCUUUAGAUGAUGAUGGGAAAGCUGAAGGUCAGAUGUUCUGGGAUGAUGGACAAAGCAUUGAUACAUAUGAAAAUGGAAACUACUUCCUGGCAAACUUUACAGCAGCUGAGAAUAUCUUGCAUAUCCAAGUCAUACACAAUAAGUAUUUAAGUGACUCAAAUCCUCUGAAAGUUGGCUAUAUUAAGGUUUGGGGUGUGAACUCUACUUAUGUGACACAAGUCAAAUUCACCUAUGACAACCAGCAAUUCACAGAGACCAACUUGAAGAGUGACCCUUCCAAUCAGACACUAACUAUUCAAUUAACUGACAAGAAUAUCAACCUGGAAAAAUUAACUGAAGUUAUUUGGAUUCAUGAUGAUCCUGUAGUUACCAGUCCAACUAUGACAAGCACCAGCACCAUGAGUACUCAUCCAUUUCCAUCUACUACUGAGGCUACCAGUGCUGAGACUAUCAUCAGUUCUGGUAGUGCAAGUACAACAGUGAGCACUAUCACCAUGGUUUCAAUCACAAACACACCUUCUGCAAGUUCUGCUCAUGUUACCACUACUCCUGUUAUUCCUGAUACUACUCCCUUCCAUACAAGUACCACUACUACAAUGACUACUGUCACUGCUUCUAUCCCAACCACACAUUAUACACCAAAUGCCACUUACAUUACAACUAGUACUUCUGCUUCUCACACAGCUACUUCUUUCACCAAAAGUACUAUUAUCACUAGCAUUAGUGACAUUUUUCCCAUCAAAACCACAAAUUAUGCAACAAGUACUACUGGUGUUCCAACUGCUAGCAUUACUGUUCCUGACAGAAUUUCUCCUUUCCCUACUACUGAGAGCCCUAGUAUUACAGGUCCUAUGAGCACCAUUCCUUUCCCAAAAAAUGCUACAAAUGUCACCACAAGUACUCCUGCCCCUGGUAUAACUACUCCUUUCCCUUCCACUGUGAGCACCAGUGCUGUUGUUCCUGUCACUACCAUUCCUUUCCCAACAAAUAUUUCCAGUGUCAUUUCUAGUGCUUCCCCUGAUACCACUCCUUUCACCACUAACGUGAGCACUAGUACUACUAUUCCUCUCAGUACCAUUCCUUUCCCAACAAAUACCACAAAUGUCACCAGUAGCACUAUUGCUCUUGGUACUACUCCUUUCCCCACUAACAUGAGCACUAGCACUACUAUUCCCCUCAGUACCAUUCCUUUCCCAACAAAUACUACAGAUGUCACUGCAAGUACUCCUGCCCCUGAUAUAACUACUCCUUUCCCUUCCACCAUGAGCACCAGUGCUGUUGUUCCUGUCACUACCAUUCCUUUCCCAACAAAUAUUUCUAGUGUCACCACUAGUACUAUUGCCCCUGAUACUACUCCCUUCCCCACUACAGUGAGAACUGGUACUAUUGUUUCUCUCAGUACUAUUCCUUUCCCAACAAAUACUACAAAUGUCACCACUAGUACUACUGCCUCUGAUAGUACUCCCCUCCCCACUACUGUGAGCACUAGUACUACUGUUCCCCUCAGUACCAUUCCUUUCCCAACAAAUACUACAAAUGUCACCACAAGUACUAAUGCCCCUGAUACUGCUCCUUUCCCCACUACUGUGAAUAGUAAUACUACUGUUCCUCUCAGUACCAUUCCUUUCCCAACAAAUAUUACAAAUGUCACCACUAGUACUACUGUCCUGGUCAAGUAUACUCUGAACUUCCCCAUCAUGUAA